CCUUAUAUCCUUUCAUUAUACCUACAACUCAUUUUCAAUGUUUUAAUAGUGUCUAUUCUUCUAUAUUUUGUCUACUCAUUUAUAUCUACUGUUAAGGCAGACGUGGAAAAUAAAGUGGACUCUUAUGCUUCAGAUAUCAUUCAAGAAAUUGCCCUAUGUUCAAGAGAAUACCUAAGAAACAAUUGUCAGCCAGGUAAAAGAGUCGUUGCAUUAGAAGCUGCAUGUUCACAAUGGGAAAAAUGUAUGAAUCAAGAUCCAACCACUGUGGGAAGAGCCAAAAUUGGAGCUGAAACAUUUGCAGAAAUUAUUAAUGGAUUUAUCAAACCAAUUAGUUGGAAAUCAAUGACUUUCUUGUUUCUGAUAACUGUUGGUUCAUUAGUUUUAACAAAUGCUGCUUUUGGUACCUAUAGAAAUUAU